AUGAAGCGCCUCGCAGUGAGAUACCCCAGUCCUCCAGGCCACGCCCCCUCCGGCUCCCCCCUCAAGAAGAACACCAGGUUACCGGGCCCCUCCUCCAGGGCCCCUGCUGCAGGCAGCGGGGCCCCCAGGAGCCCCUCCAACCUGAACCGCAGGAGCCUGAGCUUCAGCAGCAUCGACAAGAGCAAACCGCUGCAGUUCGCCAGCGGGAACGAGCGAGAAGAUCAGGCUCUCCAGAAGGUGGUAAAGACAGCAGGGAAGAUUGGGACACAACUACCGGACAGGACAGGACAGGAAUAUGUCCCAUAA